AUGGCGUGGCGGACAGGUGCGCAGACCAGUCUCGAUAUCGCGACGCCGCCCCCGCCCCCCAUCCCAUUCAAUGCGGGGCGGCCGGUGCAGCAUACACCAAUGCCAUUAUCCUUUGGAUUUGGGUGCGGCAGCGCGACUGCGGCGCCCGCGCCGGUGCUCGACCCGAUGCCAGGGCCGAGUGCGUGGCGCACCCCUGAUGCCUUUGCCGGGCGCACGAGCAUGCCGAAGCGCCGCCGAUCAUCGGUGGACGUGGAAGAGCCCAUAGAGGUGCAUGCGGAUGCGGACGAGGAGAUGGCCUCGUCGCCGACGCUCGCCAAGCGCCGCCGCGCGAGCCACGGGCGCUACGAAACAGACGGCGGGGCGCGGGUGCUUGCGCCGCCUCGUACGUCGCGGCGGAAUGCGCCGCAGGGUGCCGAGGUCGGCAAGCUGCUUGCCUCGCUCGACAAACCCGCCCUCCUCUCGAUCCUACACCAGCUCAUGGGCCGCAGCGAUGCGCUGGCCGACGACAUCUAUACCCUGCUUCCCACGCCCUCGCUCGAGAGCGUCGAGCACGCCCUGGACGCGGCCGAGGCCAAGAUCCGGCACGCGAUCCCCAUGGCGCCGCUCUCUGCCGCGCACGUCCGCGACCAGUACGUCUGGAGCCGCGUGCGCACGAGCCUCGGAGAGCUUGCGAGCGACGUGCGCGGCUACGUCGCGCUCUUCUCGCUGAACCCAGACGCCUCGCAGCGCGACGCGCGCGAGCACGAACCGAUGCACCCUGCCACCACCUUUUCCUUCUUGCACGCGACGACGCUGCGUAUGCUGCGCAUCGCGCGCAUGCUUCCCCACGACGACCAAAAUCUCCCCACAGAAAAGAAGGGCGACACACUCGACGCGCUUUAUGCGUCUGCGCUGCCGCCGCGCGCGCUCGCGGCGGACGCACCCAACACCAUCGCUACGACCAUCCUGCCCACCCUGCUGCGCGAGUGGGAGCACUGGCUGCGUGCUGUCGACCACGCCGUGAACCAGGCCGGGCGCAUGUACGGCCAGGAAGUCGUGGUCGGCUGGGAGCGCGGGCUCGCGUCGCUCGGCACGCACUCGGCGGUGCUCGGCGCGGCACGCACGCCAGAAGAGGCGGCGCUGCGCUCGGUUAUGGACCAUGCGGCGCAGCGCAUGCACUCUGCGCUGGGCUGGCUCGCUGGGCCGGCGCAUCGGCCCGCAUGGUCGUUUGGUGUGCACGCCCAUGCUAUGGAUGCCGUGUAG